GCAGUGUUUUCCUUCGUUCAGUGUUGUACAAUCAUGUCCCAUGUGAAGCUCAAGUUUAAAUUUUGCUGUAAGGACAGUCGACAGUAACUACAGGUUGGACUUCAUGUAUCCUGAAGAUGUUGAAGUUAGGCAGGCUAAGAGGACUCUCCUCACAUGUGAUUUGGAGCAUCUUACGAUCGACCGUUAAAACAUCCCACAACCUGGAAACAAAUAACCCUUUGAAUCCAAGCGCCAUUUUCUCCUCAUGCAGAACUUUCAAGAACUCCCAAGUCCAUUUCAAGAUGCUGGCUUAUGGAUUUUCUUUUCCAUGCUACCGUCCAUCACAUCAUUUAUUAAUAACACAAAGAGCUGUCCAUUCCCAGGGCCCCUCUAAAACUCCAGGGAUCAAACUGCGUAAUCGUCUGGCAGUGACUCUGCUGUUCGGAGGUGGUUUCAUUGGUACGUGGUGGUAUGUGUACCAGGAGAAGCAUCAGAGACUUCAGAAGCAAAGACUGGAGCAGUUGAGAAAGGUGGCUGUUGGACAGGGAGGUUUCAGCCUGGUGGACCACACAGGCCAGCGCAGGACCAAAAGCGACUACUUGGGUCAUUGGGUGCUCUUAUACUUCGGCUUCACCCACUGUCCCGAUAUCUGCCCUGAUGAGCUGGAUAAAAUGACCAGUGUGGUACGUAUUCUAGACAAAGACUCGAGCAUGCCCCCUGUUCAGCCACUGUUUAUCACAGUUGAUCCCGAGAGAGAUGAUGUGGCGGCUAUGGCUAAGUACGUGAAAGACUUUCAUCCACGGCUGGUUGGACUGACAGGCACUCCAGAGGAGGUGAAGGAAGCAGGGCGGGAUUAUAGGGUCUACGCCAGCGCUGGCCCUAAAGAUGAGGAUGGUGAUUAUAUUGUGGACCACACCAUCCUAAUCUACUUGAUUAAUCCAGAAGGACUCUUUUUAGAUUACUACAACAGAAUGAAAAACGACACCCAGAUUGCAGAGAGUAUUCGUAAUCACAUGAAAAACCAUGUUAAAUUAUUUCCAGAAUAA